AUGGCGGAUUUCGCAAUUGAGUCCAUUGAUUUCUCUCCCCUUUUGGAUGAACUGGAAUCUGGAAGUAGUGGUUCUUGUGCAAAUGUUAUUCGUAAACUACGUGAAUACGAAGUGGCUGCAUACGAAGCCGGUCAAGGAGGUCCCACGGGUGAACUUAUCGCCAGUUUUAUCGCUCGACUCGACGAAAGAGUUGCUGACCGGGAAUUAGAUAUCGAGAAAACAUGCAGUCACAAUUAUGAAAGCUUUGUCGAAUCUGUGCAGGAAUUGGUGCUUGUGCAGGAAAAAGCUGAACAGCUGCAGCGGAACCUUCGAGAAAUUCGAUCAAAUAUCGAAACAAGCGUUCAAAGGUUGAAUGACUCCAGUGAAGCUCUAGCGACCAAUCAUGCAACUCUCAAUCGUAUUGACCAAUGUAUUGCCGCACUUCGAAUUAGUCUUCCGGUUCUCGAUCAGUAUGAAAAAGUUGAAAAGAGCAUAGCAGAUGGUCGCUAUUAUCAUGCCUUGAAAACCCUUGAACAUUUGGAGCAUUACCAGUUAAAGUCCAUUCAGUCCUAUUCCUUUUCCCAACUCCUCUCGAAGCGCAUUCCUGAACUACGGUCUGAGAUUAAGGCAGCUAGCUUAGCUCAGUUAACUGAUUUUUUGGAGGAGAUACGGAAGCAUUCAACUCGACUUGGUGCAAUUGCUAUGCGCCAAACGGCUGAGAAAACAGGAAUGAGUGAAGAUGCUAUUGUCGAUGCUGGCUCAUCCGAGCAGAGGAACGAAAUAACAACCUUCAGGGAGAGAACAUCCUCCGAUUGCGAUGAGCCUGAUAUUGCUGUGCCUCCACCUCCACCCAUCAGACGGAAACACAUUGUUCCUGAGUCCAGUUACACAAAUGCCUUGGAAGCCGAACUGGAAGAAUUAGCCCUGGCAGCUAAGAGGUUUGAAAAUGAAUCUGGUGGAGGUAACUCGCCCGACACAAAGAACAACAUCGAGGCAUUGAUAAACUUUGGUCCUAUUUACCGAUGUCUGCACAUCCACAGUGUCUCGGGUGAAAGGUCCGAAUUCGAACAGUACUACUUCACUCAGAGGCGGAAGCAAUGCCAGCUUAUUCUAAGCCUAUCACCUUCACAGCAGUCGAGUCUUCGCAACUACAGUGAAUUCUUCAGUCGCGUGGUGGGGUUCUUCUUGGUCGACGACUACCUGCGCCACACCAUGCCUGGCGCUGCCUCCUACUACCAGUCCUACCUCUCAGACCUCUGGACCACCGUGGUCCCCCGACUCACGCAGCUCGUCUCUCGCAACGCCAGUGACUGCAAAACCACGAGUGAACUGCUCAGUCUCAAGCACUACUGCGUCCUCUUCGAGCGCACAAUGGCCAACCUGGGUUUCAACACCACCGGCCUCAAUGAGAUGCUCGAAGCCAUUAGGAAGCAGUUCAGCCAACUCCUCAUAGCGCGGUGGCGCGACCAAUUUAACGAAAUUCUUAAAACGGACAACUACACCGCAAUAACCCUCGAGAAGGCCUCAGAAAUGAGUCCAUUACUCGCCUCCUAUCCCUACUGCCAGACACCCGAGUUCACCUCCCAGCCCUUCCCCCGCACUCUCGCCUUCUCUCCCAUGGUGCCAAGCGUCUACGCUGCCAUCCGCGACUACAUCGACGCUUCGGCGCAGUUCAUUGUUGCACCCUCGGUGGGCCUCGCGUGGACUGAACUGGAGGACGCCCUGAACCGGGCGACCAACGUCCUCUUCACCGAUUGCCUCUCAGACCUCCUCGAUAAGACCAUCCAAGCAGCGGAGGCGAACCUCCUCAGGCUGAUCCAAUUGACCAUUAACCUUUCCGAAUUGGAGUCGGCGUGCGAACACCUCCAGUCUUAUCUGCACGAGAAAGCACGCCCCAAAUUCUUCUCCUCGCCUUCUUUAGUCACGAGUUUGAACGCAAAAUGUCAGUCAGUAAAUAUUGAUGAGGACGGAGAUUGUGAAGAUGGCUCGGAUGUGUUCGCGCUGAUGGCCGCCCAGCCAGACGACGUGCAGCCCUCGCGCUCGCACCUGUACGGCGUGUCUCUGUUCCGAGAUUGCCGGGCGCGCACCGAGACGCAGAUUUACACGAAUCUCAACUCGCGCGUCGACGAGUUCUGCAGCCUCGCCUCCUACGACGGCAUCUUCGGGGGCCCGGGCGAGGGGACCGCAAGCCUCGACUACCUCGUUGACACCCCGCCGGCCCUCACCGCAAUCAAGCCCAGCGAGUACAUGACCGACAUGAUGGCGUGGCUGGGUAGCACCUUCGCCGCCUUCACGCACCUCCCCCCGAAGGUCGCUCACACCGCCUGUUUCUCUGUGUGCAAGCACAUCGUCAAGCUGCUGCAGCGGAUCCUCAUGGGACCGGACGUUAAAAUGGUGUCGGAGCCCGCGCUAACCCACAUCCUCGUCGACUUGGCGGAAUGCGACAAGUUCGCCCGCUCUGAUCCGGUGCCCGGGAUCGACAAGUCGAUUCUCUUGUUAAUUUUCCACGAGCUCAGACAACUCCUCGAACUGGUCAGAAAGGAUGACUGGAAGGUUUAUUUCGCGAACUACGGGAAACCCACUGGUAACCCCUAUGACCGCGUGACCCCAGCUGCUGCGGUCUCACUUCUUGAGUGCAUUCGUGAAGCUGAGAAGAAAAAGUCGUCUUUCAUUGGAUCGAUGAAAAAAGUGGAACGCGAAAAGCGAAAGCGAUUGGAGGAUCUCAUCAAGCAGCUGAAGGACUUGCAGUCCGGCUCUGCGGCCUACGGCACCAGACGUGCCUAG